AUGGCAACUGAUACGGUUACUCUGGAAUUUAGAAUAACAACAAAAGGCAAACGACUACUUCUCUAUAACGGAUAUGCCUACACAUUGAAUAAAGAUCGUGGCAAAGCCAAAUAUUGGCGAUGUGAAGACCGUUACUGUUCAGCUUUUGUUCACACUGAUGCAAAUGACAACUAUAAAACUCACUCGGGCACUCAUGAUGGCCAUCUACCUUCUCCUGAUCGAAUUGAACUUCUCGAAUUCAAGAAAAAUGUCAAAGAACGAGUAAUCCAUGAGACAACACCAAUUGCUCGUAUCUACGAACAAGAGCUCGCAGCUGCAAAACUCAGCCAAACUAGUUUGGCUCUUGCACCUGAUGCUAAAGACGCUCAUUCAUCUCUCUCUCGUCUUCGUCGAAAAACAAUACCAACUCUUCCUACUUCCAUCGACUUCGACAUUCCUACAAUUUACACGCAAAUUCUCGAUGGCAAACAAUUUCUUUUUAAAAAUACACAAAUACGUGGCAAGAGAGAAUUUAUAUUUGCUAGUGAACAACAAUUGGUUAUGCUGUUCGAAUCGAAGCUUAUCUUCAUCGAUGGUACAUUCUUAGUAUGUCCUCCUUUCUUUGAUCAAGUUCUUACUAUUCAUGGGGUGCACCAUGAACAUGGUGAGUUCUCUUUCUUCUUCUUAGUUUGUGAACUUAAAAUACUUUCUUUUUUA